AUGAAAGCACAACGGGUUGUUUGGCCCGAUCGCGCCAAAGUUGACGUUGAGACGUUUAUGCUGCCGCCUGUCGGAGAUGAUGAAGUUCUUGUUGCGACAGAAUGCACACUCAUCAGUCCCGGUACGGAACGCGCGUUUUUAUUAGGACUCCCGAAUGCACAAGGGGGAUACCCAACCCGUCCGGGUUAUAGUAAUAUCGGCAGGGUGGUAGAUGUUGGAAAGGCAGUUACUGAUUGUGAAGUAGGUGACCGCGUCGCUUCAACGCAGGGACAUACCAGCCACUUUGUGACCUCGCCGAGUCGCUUGCUAAAGAUAGCAUCCGCCGAUGUGCCUGCUGAAGAAGCAGUUUUCUUUAAUCUCGGCGCGAUUGCAUUGCAAGGUGUCCGGAAAGCGCGGAUUGAAUUGGGCGAAGCGACACUGAUUUUAGGGCAAGGACUUAUCGGCUUGUUGGCGAUGCAACUCUCGAAACUGAGUGGUGCACUGCCGCUUAUUGCGGCAGAUCUCACCGAUAGUCGUCUUGAAAUCUCUAAAACAGUCGGAGCAGACUACACCUUCAAUCCAGAAGAUGCUGAUUUCUCCGAACAGUUAGAUGAUGCCACUAAAGGCGAUGGCCCCGCAGUUGUUAUUGAGGCGACUGGGCACCCGGACGCAAUCAGCACCGCUUUAGGUGUUGCGGGAGGGUGCGCGCGGGUGGUGUUGUUGGCAAGUACUCGUGGGGAAACACCGAGUGUGAACUUCUAUCGCGAUGUGCAUAAAAAAGGUCUCAUUCUGUACGGCGCACACAAUUCUAUCCGCCCGCGUCAAGAGUCCUCACCGAAUUUCUGGACGCUUGAAGAGGACAGUUUCUUGCUGUUAUCGCUCAUCGCGCAGAAACGGUUCAACGUUAUUCCGUUGAUUAGCCAUCGCGUCCCCGGAGAAGAUGCAGCAAAAGCAUAUCAACUCCUCAUGGAGUGGAACCCCGGCUUACUCGGUGUUGUUCUUCAAUGGAACAAUAGCAUGUAG